AUGAUUCUUAUUCUGUGUUUGCCAUUCACUGGAGCCCAGAAUGCAAGGAGGAAAAGAGAUACCAGGGGUCAAGGACCAGACAGGACCUUGGUUCAUCUCUACUGUGUCCUCGAGGGAACUAGAAGGAAGACCCCCUUCUUCUUGGCUGACACAGCCCUAAGUCAGGACACAGGCCUUAGGGAGCAGAGUGGGGUUAAUUUCAGCUCCUCCUCGUCCCCUUGCCUUUGUACAGGGCCUGAAGUCCAUGCUUUACUCUGGAUCACAGGAAGUGGGGACCAAUUAAGCCAAUGUGAUUUGGCCAAUGCAGAGACAAGGAACCGACUAGUGGUUUUGCAUGCAUGCAUGUGUGUGUGUGUGUGA